CGCCUCUCUGCCGGGCGUCCCGAGCCGGGGCCCGGCUGCGCUGCCCGCGAGCUCCGCGUCCGCAUCCAUGGGUCUCCAUGGCGACGGCGGGGUCCCGGCAGCCCGAGCGGGGCCGCGGCGUUCCGGGGGCCUCCGCGGCAGCGUGGCCGUGUUCGCCGCCGUGGCUGCCAUGUUCACCGUCACGCUGCCCCGCUCGCUGCCGGGGGGAGACUCGGGGGAACUGAUCACAGCCGCACAUGAGCUUGGAGUUGCCCACCCUCCUGGCUAUCCUUUGUUCACGCUGGUGGCCAGCCUGGCCAUCACGCUCUUCCCGUUGGGCUCUGUUGCCUACCGCGUCAAUCUUCUCUGUGGCUUGUUUGGAGCGGUGGCUGCUUCGCUCCUUUUUUUCACCGUUUUCAGGCUUUCUGGCUCACAUGCUGGAGGAAUCCUUGCUGCGGGGGUGUUUUCAUUUUCUCGCCUAACAUGGCAGUGGUCCAUUGCAGCUGAGGUUUUCAGCUUAAACAAUCUGUUUGUGGGGCUGCUCAUGGCGCUUACUGUGUGUUUUGAGGAGGCAGCCGCUGCAAAGGAGAGAUCAAAGAUAGCAGUGAUUGGUGCUUUCUCCUGUGGCCUUAGCUUGUGUAACCAGCACACAAUCGUACUCUAUGUUUUAUGCAUAAUACCCUGGAUUCUCUUCCGACUUUUGAAAGAGAAGGAGCUGGCCGUUAGCUCUCUGUUGAGGCUGGCUCUGGCCUUCUCUGCUGGCCUGCUGCCCUAUGUCUACCUGCCUGUGUCAUCCUACCUCAAUCGCGCCCGCUGGACCUGGGGGGACCAGACAACACUGCGAGGCUUCCUGACACAUCUCCUCCGGGAGGAAUAUGGAACAUUCAGUCUGGCCAAAUCUGAAAUAGGAUCCAGUGUGUCUACAAUACUUCUUUCACAAAUAAUAAAUAUGAAGACCGAACUUUCAUUCAACAUCCAAGCUCUUGCAGUUUGGGCAAAUAUAUGUUUAACUAGAAAGAGCAGACAGCAGUCCUCGUUAGUGUGGCUUUUCACGGGAAUGCUUUGCGUUUAUUCAUUAUUCUUUGCUUGGAGAGCAAAUUUAGAUAUUUCAAAACCACUUUUCAUGGGUGUGGUGGAGCGAUUCUGGAUGCAGAGCAACGCGGUGGUGGCAGUUCUCGCUGGCCUCGGAUUGGCCGCCCUGGCGUCCGAGACUCACCGAGUGCUGAACUGCCAUGGGACUCAGUAUCUGGAGUGGCUGUCUGCAGCUCUCUUUGUGGCUUAUCAAAUAUACUCAAAUUACAGCAUUUGUGAUCAAAGAACCAAUAAUGUGAUCGAUCAGUUUGCACGAAAUCUCCUGGACUCCAUGCCUCGUGAUGCAAUCAUCUUACUCAGGGGAGACUUGCCAGGGAAUUCUCUCCGUUACUUGCAUUACUGUGAGGGGUUGAGGCCGGAUGUUUCCCUAGUGGAUCAAGAAAUGUUGACUUAUGACUGGUAUUUACCCAAGAUGGCAAGGCAUCUCCCAGGCGUGCGCUUUCCUGGGGACCGGUGGAGCCCCGUGGAAGGAGUAUUACCUGGUGGAGUGGUCACAUUCAGUCUUCAUCACUUUCUUGAGAUGAACAAACAAAAAGAAACAUUUGUUUGCAUAGGAAUUCAUGAAGGUGACCCAACCUGGAAAAGGGCUUAUUCACUUUGGCCUUGGGGUUCUUGUGACAAGUUAGUUCCUUCAAGGAUUGCAUUCAACCCAGAGGAGUGGAUUAAACGCACAAGAAGUAUCUAUAACUGGACGGAGGAAUACGGAAGAUUUGAUCCAUCUUCAUGGGAAUCCGUGGCCAAUGAGGAGAUGUGGCAAGCAAGGAUGAAGACACCAUUCUUCAUCUUUAACCUGGCAGAGACUGCCAUGGUGCCUCGAGACGUGAAAGCACAGCUCUACACUCAUGCAUAUAAACUUUAUAAGGAGAUUGUGUACUUGCAAGAGGAACACCCAGUGAAUUGGCACAAGAACUAUGCCAUCGCCUGUGAGCGGAUGCUGCGCCUUCCAGGGACAGCCACAGACCCUGAAGUCCUGCUGUCUGAAACCAUCAGACAUUUCCGUCUCUACGCUCAGAAAGCACAGACUGACCCCCAGCGAGCAGACAUCAUCGCUGCUCUCAAGCACCUAAGACGAGAACUGCGAAGUCUAAGAACUAGAAAGACGGUCUGAGCCGGCAACAGUGGCUGCCCUGCUCACUAGAAAGACGUCUGAGCCAACAACAGUGGCUGCCCUGUUCAUGUUCUGCUUCCAGAGGUGCCAAAGACCAAACGCUUUUCCUUCCAGUAAAGAAAGUGUAUCAGAAGAGUAGAAAUCUCAGUUAUCUCCUGGAACAGCAGAAAUCCGUUCAUGGCUACAAUGUAUGCUUUAUACAAAAGUGUGUUUAUCUCAUGUUGCCAAAUUAGGAUUUUUUGAGAAGUGUUCAGAAACAUCUGCACUAUCAAACAGAAACAUCUAGUGACUGUAGUAGGUUCUAGACAAGAAGGAACUGUCUCCACAGACCUAAGACGUUUGACCCUGACUCUUUUGAGGUCUGUGAUUAUUGGGAUUCAUUCAAAAAGAUAGUCUUAAAAUACGCAUUCCAGACCAAAAGCAUCUUCCAGUUCCUGAAAGUGAGACGGUCUCUGAAACCAGUUCUUGCUACACCUCAUUAGAAUUCCUUUUUCUUCUGUUAACUGUGAUUGUUAGUCUGAAACUUUGUACUUUAAACCAAGUACUUGAUUUUUUUUUUAAACUUUGAGUUUUGUUGUCUUCAUUCUGCCCUCCCUGUAAAAGGAAAGAUAAUUUCAUGUUUGCUUCUGUCAGCUGUAGAAACAGGCAAAUUAAAAGGCACUUAACAUGUCCUUAAUUAAUUUCAUAUUUAUGUUUUCCUUCUAUUUGGAUUCCCAGAUCUACCCAAUAAUUAGGAGGUAGCUAGCUGCCCAGAUGCACAAAGGGUGUGGGCAAGAGUGGGGGCGGGGAAGUCGCUCAGUAAAUUAAUUUCUGUUACGGGCAUCUUUUAUACAUCGUGCUAGAGGGAACCUAGUAAGAAAUGCAAAUAAUAAUAGUUCUUUAUUUUAUUAUGACAGUUAAUUAAUAGCAACCUGUUUUAAUGAAUAAAGUCACUCAGAGUCCUUCAGCACUUCCUAAGAGGAGGCCAGCAUCCGUAGGGAUUCUUCCCCGAUUGUGCGCUCCUAGACUCCAGGCACUAUAUAGGCCCUGUAUAGAAAUGCUCACUAAUGAAGAGGGAGGGCUAGAAGCUUGUCUGCAUUCAAAGAUCACUGGUGAGUCAUUCAGCAAGAAAAGGCCCCUUACCAGGGAUAGCCACAGUUCCGUGGCAUUGUACUAGCAAAAGGGGCUGAUCAAAGGUCUCCCGUGGAGCUUGCAUGGUUCCCUUUCAUACCACGACCAUAAUUAAAACCACUAAUUCUCUUUUAAAAUGCUGCAGGAUGCCAUGUAGGCAUCUGUCUGGAGUGUCCUUUGUGAUGUCAUAAGCUGUUAAGGGCCAGUGCCGAGGGCUUUUGAGUGAAAUGCCAGUCCUGAAGGUGCUUCACGACAAGGGCGCUUCUGAAAGCCUGACAGGCCUCGACUGCACAAUUCGAGCUGAAUUUGCCCCUUGUCAGCUGCCAGUAAAUAAAUCUCAAAGGGGGAAAGGCUGAAGUUUCAUUACCUGAUCCGUGGGCCUUUGUUGGUUUUGGCAUCACACAGGGGAAGCUCUUGCUCCUCCAUUCUCUGGAUUUGAAGAUGGCCAUUGGAGCCUGCAGUGCCUGGACAGGGUUCAGAGCGGAACCUUUUGAAGAGUGUCAAUAGUUGUAACAGUUCAGCUGUUAGGAAGACAAAUACAUGGAGGAGCUCAUUAAUCCGCUUUUGGCUCUCGGUGCCUUUUGCCCCUUUCAUCACAGCCUUAUUAGGCUCCUGCUCAUCUUCAACCAGAAGAGACCGAAUUGAAGUUGUUGAGUACUAAUUGGCAAAGACUUUUAAUCAGGGGCCAAGAACUUUCACUGACUUGAAAGUAACUUCUCCACAGGGAAGAGCCAGAAACCUGGUUCACCUUAAAACAAAAACCUGCUGGAGCUCAGUGUGGUGUGGAGGUUGAACGAAGUGUCGAUAAAUUCUCUAAGUCUAGCCAUUCGAAAGAAAUUGUGCAAGAUUGUGAGUUUCACUUUUCAGGGAGAAGACGGCAAUAAAAUUCAAACAUUUCUUAAGAAA